GCAGCCUCAGAGGUCAGAGGUCGCUGUCAGUAGUGAGAACAGAUUACACAUGGGGACAAACGUGAAAACAAUAAUGUCUUCUUUCACAUGAACCAGCGUCUGCCUCUAAACCAAGAAAAGAAACCGUUCGUUUCGGAGGAGUUAUCCGCCCGGCGCCAGCUGAAGCGUGAUGCGUCCGGAGUGGCACGGAGCGAGCGUUACCCCGCGGGGGAGAUGUCCAGAUUCGGCCCCCCAGGCCGCACCGAGCACCGGCCUGCUGCGGGGCCUCAUCCGGCACGCCAGGCCGUCUUUCUUCUGCUUCCCACUCCCCAGGGUCCACGCAGCUGACGUGGCUGCUGCCCAGCCUGCACAGACGCCCACCCCCUCCUCCUCUUCCUCCUCCUCCUCCUCCUCCUCUUCAUCCACCAGUCCCGCUCCUGCACCCAUCACCUCAUCCUACAGACUGCCAGUCAACAUUGGCAAACCAGAGUUACCAGACACAGGAUGGGAACGCAUCAAGGACCUCUUUGACAGAGAUGCGAUGCAGAAAUACCCAGAGGAGAUCAUCAACGUGAUCAACUGCGGAAUCCUGGGUGUGGUUGCUGGUUUUGUGUACGGGGGCAUGCCGGCAGCUCGCCACGCCAGGCAGCGCUACAUCCAGGUCAGCCAGGCCGAAAUGUACCACAGUCGGGUGGAUGCGGUGCGCUCGGCCCAUAACGCGGCGAUCCGGGGUUUUGUGAGAUACGGGUGGAGGUGGGGCUGGAGGGUGGCUGUCAUCGUCUCUGUGUUCAAUGGCGUCAACACCGGAUUAUCUGUGUACCGCGAUAAAGACGCCAUCAGUAACUUUGUUGGAGCUGGAGCUGUCACCGCCGGCCUGUUCAGACUGAACCUGGGCCUGAGAGGCGUGGUGGCGGGGAGCGUCAUUGGAGCCGUCCUGGGGGUCCCCGUCGGCGCCGCCGUCCUCGGGUUACAGUCGCUGACCGGAGAAACGUUCCGAGAGAGGAGGAGGAGGGAGCGCAGGGAGCUUUACGAGCUCCGCCUGGCGGAAUGGUCGGCCCGUCUGCAGCUGACGGACGCGCUGAUUGACGACCUGAGCCUCAGCUCUCAGGCGGCGGGAACCAGAGACGACAUGCAGAGGAUCCAGGAGCUGCUGGAUUUACCCAAGAACCCCGACGCACCCGGCGGCCGGUGAGGCCUGCGGGACGGACUCUGUCCGCGGACAGACCCCUGGGUCAAGGAGACGCUCGCCGGUCCAGAUUUUGACUUGAGGUGAAGAGAAAACACGACCCGCUCAGGGACGAAGAGAACGAACGUUUGUUCCAGUGGAAGAGUCAUGGAGGGUAGUAGGAGUGUAUCAGAUCAUAAAGAGACGCUCUUUACUGUGUGUGUGUUGAAACUGUGCAUCUCUUCCUGCUUCUCCAUGCAGUUUUUGCAUUAAUUUCCCUUGUUUUUUCUGUGGACGAUGAGAAAACAAAAAAAUCAAGCGGCCAAUUAUUGCACUGAUCGUAAAAACCUUCUGAUUCUUUGAAAGAAAAGACAGAAAAGUUGGUUGUGAUUCAUUCAAAGCGACAUGAGACGUUUCUUUUUCACAGAAACUUGAAAGGAAACACUCAAAAGUUGUCUCCGGUGUUUUCAUCACUCAUCUGUGGCAUAGAAAAGAAAUAAACCAUUAUUUUAAAUGGUGAAGAGCUUCUCUCAGAUCUUGUUAAAUGCCUUGAAUGUCACAUGAAGAAAAGGCUGCGAUGCAGAGUUCAUGUGUCUGAAGGGACUCGAGUCUGAAUCUUCAGCAAAAUUCAAGCAUCAAAACAACAGAAAAGACACACACACAGACACACACACACACUGUCAUGUGGAGAAAAUACGCUGUGAUGAAGUCCCAUGUAUUUCACACAACAAACAGGGCGGUGUGUUUCUCUGAGUGAGGAGAUCGGUCACAGUCGUGCUGGGAAACGGAAGAGGAAGCGUUGAAUUCGUCUUCCUCAGAGUGUGGGUGACAGACACGGCUGGAGUGUGAACAGACGACGUCUUCUCCGCGUCGGCGACGACAAUCUGAUCUGAGUUCCUCCAAAACACUUCACUGAACCGUGGUGACAGCCGACUACAUACUGGAGAACACAACACACACGAAUCUAAUAUCACCGUUAUUACUCAAGUUCAAAUGUCUGACUUAGAAAUAUAAAUGUCUGGUAUUAUGCCCUCUUGUGGUUAUGAGAUGUAAUAACUUAUUUUGACUAUUUAGACGGAUUUUUUAUUUUUUCAUGUUUUGAUGUUUUUUUUUAUUGUUGUAGUUACUCAGUGUGGCC